GCAGACACAAACAUGUAGCGGCGGCUGCAACGAAAGUGCGUGUACAGGAGCGGAGAGUGGGUGUAGAGAAUGAGUGAGAGAGACAUCAGAAGAUUGAAUAGCCAACUAGCGGAUGCUGUAAGGAAAAACGAAGGUGAUGAGGUUGAGAGAUUGUUGAGUCAAGGAGCUUCACCGAAUGCUUGUAAUGAUCUUGGAUGGCCUGUACUGGUGGAAGCUUGUGAUAAACGCUACCAUUCUGUAUGUAAGCUGCUAGUGAAGAGAGGGGCAGAUGUGAACAAAACUAUUAAAUAUGGUAGCACUGCUCUAAAGAUGGUAGCAAGGAAUGGUGAUGAUGAAAUGGUCGACUUCCUUUUAUCAUCAAAUGCUGAUGCUGGACAGAAGGAUGAUGUUGGUAGGACUGCAUUUGAUUGGGCUAUGAGAACACAUCACAUGUCAACAGCUGGUCGUUUGGUGUUGGCAACUCAAAGAGGUGAUGUGAUAAAUACAAUUGUUAGGCUGGGAACAGAAAUGAAGGAUGAUUCGGGACGAACUUUACUUCACUAUGCUGCUCAGUAUGGCAGUCUUGAUGUGGUUGAGCUUCUCUUGGCCAACAAGGCAGAUGCCGAUGCUUCAGACAAUGAAGGUAAGAGACCAUACCAACUGGCUGAUGGUGAACUGAGAAAACGACUGAAGAAAGCAAGAGAUAAACAGAAGUAUGCUGUUCUGUUUGCUGAGGGCACAGUGAGACCAGAAAUCAUCAAGUUGUGUUUCAUCGGUUCAGAAGGAGCAGGAAAGACGACACUCAAGAAGGCUCUCAAACGAAGAUGGUUCAAACGAAUUUUCACAAACGAGAAUAAAGCAGACAACCCGGAUUGUGAAGAGGAACGCACAAUUGGUAUCAACGUGAUAACAGCCUAUAUUCCAGGAGUGGGUCUCGUCUCACUGUGGGACCAUGCAGGCCAAAAGCAGUUCCACAAAACCCACGGACUCUUCUUCUCUGCAUCCAACUCGUUCUUCAUCUUGCUAGUGAGUCUAGUGAGAGUAAAGGAGGGACGACGGUGCAGCGAUGAGGAGUUGCUAGAUGAGCUUCAGUACUGGCUCUCAUUUCUCAUAUCCAGUUUGGAUGGAGAGUUUAUACCGACAGUGUUGAUAAUGGCCAGUCGAGGAGAUUAUUGUCGUGAUGGUCAGCGUGUGUUGCAGCGUGUUGUCGACUACAUUUGUGAUCUGUUCAAAAGCAAGAUCAACAUCAUUCAAGAAUGUUUGGUUAUCGACUGCAGGCAGAGCAAAUCUCCUGAAAUGAAACAACUGAAGAAGUUGUUACGUGGCAUGAAGCAGCAACUAGAGGAGUCUGCUCCUCUGUAUCCUCGUCUUUGUCAGCCAGUCGUGUCCAAGUUGCUUCCUUCUCUUCGUAAGAAACAAGAAGAUCCAUUCAUGGAGACGGCAACACUCAUGGAGAAGAUUAAGCAAGAAGCAUGUCCAGGACUAGAGAAGGAGGUUGUAGAAAAGGUAGUUGGUUUCUUGGAUCAAUCAGGAGAGAUUGCAGUUGUUGGUGAUGUGGCUGCUCUCAAUCCUGCUUGUCUACAUCAAUAUGCCAUCGGUCCUCUUAUUGCUUCUGAGGAUUUUAAGUGGCACGUCAGGUCAAAGAGGGAGGAUGGCACAGUAAAAAAAGAAGAAGCAGAAACGGCAAUCGAUCGUUACUUGAGAGAUCACAAGAUUGCUGUUCAACUCAACACAGAUAAAGUUCUCGCUAUCAACAAAUCUCUUGGUAUCUGCUUCAAAGUGGAAGGCAGAGACGACACGUAUAUGUUUCCAGCUCUCUUGCUUCCUAAGGAUCUGUCUAUCAUGUGGAAGAAAGAUGAGAGUAAGGAAGUGUAUGUCGGUCGACGUCAAGUGUGCAGAAGUCAGACGACCAUCUUCAGUCCAUCUACAUUCUGCAUGUUUCAAUCUAAAGUUUGCAUUACUUUGGAUCAAAAGGCAAGGCUGUGGAGGGAUGGACUGAUCUUAUCACAAUGCAGUACAGUUCAUAAUCUCAUUGAGUGUUUGGUUGCCAUGAUAGAUCCUGUUCGUUCUGUUGACUUUGUGUGUCGUGGAGGCAAGGGAACAGAAAAAGAUUGUGGGUCAUUGCUGGACACUGUCAUGUCUCUUUGGAGAGAUAUGUUAGACAGCUACAGUCCGGGCACUGAAUAUCAGACUGAAUAUCUGAGCAGAAAGCAUCUGAAGGAACACAAAGAACUGAAACAAGUCACUACCUACUCUCAGAAGGAGAUCGAUGAAGCAAAGGCAAAGGAAGAAGGAGCAUGUGCUGCUGUCAAACAAGUAGUUGGUGAUGAUCUGAUUGUAGAAAGUCUUGGCGACCUGCUGGGUGUACCAUCAUCAGCUGCUAGAAUGCCAACCACUACUGUUGUCCAUCCCACUGCAGUAGUGGCAGCUGUCAUUAAGCACGGUUCAUCUCAAUGGUCUUUAUUUGGAGAGAAAUUAGGUUUCGGUCACCACGAAGUUAAUUCCUUAUGUCAUGACAAAGUGACUGCAGCUUCUAAAUUGUCUGCAAUUAUUCAAGUGAAGACUGAACAAGUUGGUGAUGUGAAGAAGAUUGAUGAUCUGCUGUUGGAGAUAUGUGGACUGUUGCCAAGUCGAAUUGAUGGUGUAGUCAAGGAGGAGCUUGGACUUGCUCAUUAGCCACAUGAUUGUAGUUGUGGGCAUGAUAUUUUAUCAUCAUUUUAUCAUCAAAGCAAGGCAGCAUUGUGUGUAUACAUGAUGUGAAUUUUGGUCUGAAUCGGUUUCCUUGGAUAAAUAAACAAACAGAACAAACUAACUCUUAGUUGUCAUGACAACAGCAUUAUACUCUGAGCAUAUAAAUAGGCAGCAGGCUGCACUACCAAUCAACCACAAUUUUUGCUACUAGGACAACU